AUGAAGCGCCUCUCAGGUGUACGCUCGAGCCUCCGCCUUUUCAACAUCGCCGUCGACGGUAACCUCGUCCUGCACGAGAUCCAACGGAGCGUCGACCUCGCCAACACCUGCUAUCGAGACCUCCAGCGCCUCAUAGCGCUACGUAACGAGCACCUGCGCCUUCUAGAGAGCCACGAUGUCGGCCUUCUGCGCCGCGUAGAUGAGGCCAUUGCUAGAGCGCGCCGCAGCGUGACCGAUGCCUGCCGAAUUGUCGAAAGGUUUCGGCCUGGCGUGCAACAUGGCAAUAGCACCAGAACACCGCUUCAUAUGCGGAUAGAGUGGCUGACAAGCAACUCAUCCGAGUUUCACAAGUUGGAGCCUGUGAUCCGGCAACACCAUGCGGAGGUCCUGGCAGAGCUGGACUCACUAAGGGCCGUGGCUUCGCGGCCUUUGCCUAGUGAAAGUCGCAAACAUAUAGAGGCAACCAGACAUAUCGCUGGUCCUACAGAAAAAGAGGUGUUUGACAACUUGGCACUCCUCGGGGACAUUAUUGGCGAUGGCUUCGCAGGUAUACUCAGCGCCCUCGAUCUCGCCCAGCAGCAAGCAGCAGCGAACUAA